GAAAAAAGUUACUAAAACCGACUGCUCAUUUCAUUUAAAAUUUAAUAAAUUAUUUUUAAUAUUGCAAACUUUGUUCUUAAAUUUGUUAUUUUAUUCGGUUUUUUGAAAAUUAACUGAUUUUCUGGUUCUGUUUCACGGAACCAAAGCUAAACAACAGCCGACGUCCUCUAACUAACUUAACUACUGCUCUUACUUAACUAACUUCUUGAUAUUAAAAAUCUCAAAAAAAGUCAUAGAACUAAUUCGUGGUUAAUGAAAAAUGGCGGAAGCUAGUAGCAGUAACAGUGCUACCCCGAAAGAAGACAGAAUCUCUGCUAAAAAACGAAGUCAUGGUGACACAGUUACAUGUACAGCUUGCAGUCAGAGAUUGGAUGCCUACAGAGUAGAUUGGAUGAGGAGACAUCCUUUGUUGGGUGUGCUUCUAUGCAAGAGAUGUUUCCAGCUUCACUCAAGAGAGAUACAGGUAGGAGAGGAUGGAAUGGACGAGGCGUGCAGGUGGUGUGCCCUGGAGGGUGACCUUAUUUGCUGUGACUUUUGCCACAAUGUCUUCUGCAAGCUCUGCAUUAGGAGAAAUCUUGGAAGAGCGCACCUUAACAUCAUCCUAAAUGCCGAGGAUGAUCAAAAAUGGCAAUGUUAUGUCUGCAACCCGGAACCUCUGCAAGGGUUGGUUGCAUCAUGCUCUGAAGUUUUCAGUUCAGCUGAGUCUGCCAUUUACAUGAAAGCCACAAAACGAUUGGCUGGCUUCAGUGACCUAUCAGAUGAGGCCUCUGCUGGGUCCUCCCCCAAGCCUAAACGAAUUAGGAAGAGCAAAAUUACUGUUGAUACUGAUGAUUCCACAUCAGUUAUUAAGAAUGAUGAGUUGGAGGGAACGGUUUCAGAGAAAGGUGAGGAGAUAAAUGACAACGAGGUGUACAACGAAGAGGAGGAAGAAGAGGAGGAUGAAGUCAUCGAACAUGUGAAGGAUGGAGAAGAAGAAGAAGAUGAGGAGGAGGAGGAGGAGGAAGGUAUUGAUGUGAAGCAAGUAUUGAAAAGUAUUAAAUCAGGAUUGAAAAAAUCUGAACUUGGGAUUAGCAACGAAGAUGAUGAUGAGAACGAAGAUGAUGUGGACGAGGAGGAUCUGAAGCGAAUUCUCAGUGAGAUUGCAAAGAGAGAAGUGAAGGUGAAUGAUGUCCUAAAUGAAAGUUCUUCCUGCAGUGAUCCACCAAAGCAGACCGCUGCUGCUGCAUCUAAAUCACCUGUUCCCAUCCCAGCAGCCACGCCUAAUGUUUCAACAGCAGCUAAAAAACAAAAACUUGAUAAUGAAGUUGUCUAUAUAAAAACGCCAACCGGAGAAAUUGUAGGAUUGAAAGCGACUUCUAAAUCCUUCAAAUCAGCUACUCAACCAAGUGAAACAGCGACUCAGCCUUCAGCAAUGGCGUCAUCGAUGACACCUGCUACUGAAAAAAAACCAAAAGGUCGGCCAAAACUUCCUCUCAAAAAACUUGAAAAAUGCAUACAAAUGCCGGGCUCAACCUCUGGCAAAAAAUACCCAAGGGCCAGCACACUAAAUAAGAAUACUCCAAGCAGCUUGGCUGCAGUAGCCGGAUUGAAACUUUCUUCUCGACCUCCCAUCAUCGAUCAGAACAACGUCUGGAACGUUCUAGAAAGAUUAUUGGCAGCCACACAGUCAAUGACCAUGCUACUGACCUCUCUGAAGGAAGAUCUCAGACGUGCUGCUGCCGUCAGCUCUGGAUUUACAGGACCUGGAAAGAUUCCUGAUUUGAAGAAAAAAAGAAAAGAACAACCACAUCAGCAGCAUCAGUCUCAGCAGCAGCAACUACCACAUCCACAUAAACUAUCGGAGGAGUUUCUACGUGACGACCUAGAGGACAAUAUUAUUUGUGACAAUGGUGCCGUGUUUGAUGGCAAGUCGAGCGAGUCAGAUGAGGAAAUGAUUGAUGAGGAUGAGCAGGUUGAGGAGUUGUUGAAUAUUACAUCGGGGACUGAUGUCGGUUCGGGAAUGUAUUUUGGCAAGCAAUACCUGACAAAUGAAGUUCUGAAAAGCAGUGUCAUGUUCAAGCCACAAGCUAAAUUGGUGGAUAAGUUUGAAAAUGGAGGAUUGCCUGAAGCUGGUUGCGUUUACGACGCUGAUGGUGAACUAGCUUUCAAGAACAUUACUAACAAUGAUGAUAAGGUUGAGAAUCCUGGAGGUGAUGAUAAUAAUAAUAUUAAGUUUGAAGAUGUUGCAGAUGCUGCCGCCGCCGCUGCUGCAGCUCCGAGCAUUGAUAAGGUUGAGUCGUCUAUGGAAGACCAAAAUGAUGAUUUUGCACUGUAA